AUGUCAUCAUCCAUUUUCUCGUUUUUCUUUUUCAUUCUCGUCAUCGCCGUCACUUUUGCCGAGGAAGCGGAAAUCCCCGGCGAGGAGCGACCCCGACAAUGGAGUAAAGCGAUGGGUUUAUGGGGGAAAAGAAGUGACAAAAAUGCGGAGCUUUUCCUCGAAGAGAAACGACCCAUCGAGAAUUGGAACAAAUUGAACACACUCUGGGGAAAAAGAUCCGACAUCGAAUUCGACGAUCGACAACCCGUUUUCGGCUACGGAUUAAAGAGAGCCUCCUCGUGGCAACAGGCAAACGGACUUUGGGGACGACGAAAA